AUUAAUUUAUCGUCGACAGAUCAGAAUUCAAAAGCCAUGCAAGUACUAUUUAUCAGCCUUCUUCUUUGCCUGGUUUUACCACAACCAGGGAUAACAAAAGAGUCAAAAAGUAGUGGAGGACAAUGCGACACAGAUCUUGAUUGCCAGAACAAGGGACUGUGUCUUUCAUCGAAAGAUGACGAGAAAAAAAUGUCUGAAGACGAUGAUAAAGUUUUUGGAAAAUGCUUCUGUUUCGAAGGCCGCAGUGGAAAGAACUGUGAAAUCGAUGAAGCAACUGGAAAAACCUCAAAAAAAACCCACCUCAGCCAUCUACAGCCAGCCACAGAAAUGGCCUCGAGGAGAUUCGCCCUUUUUUUCCCUUCUAUGUUAAAAGCAACAGGACUGGAACCGAAGGAAGUGGCCAAAGAAGGGGCGGUUUUUUCUUUGUUCAACCCUAGGACAUCCCGUUUUGUGACUAUCGGGAAGAAGGAUUUCAUGGUGACUGACCCCAGUUCUGAUGGAGAGGGGCGAUGGUUCAAACUGGAAGAUGUUGGGGAUGGAAAAUAUAAAAUAAUUGCAAGAGAUAGCGAUGACACGACAAAUAAAGGUUAUUUGUACCUAUCACAAGUGACCAGGGGGAUUAAAAAGAAGAAUCGUCGUGUAAUGAGAAGUGAUGGUUUUGGGGCGGGAGAAGAAUACAAAUUCAAGUUCAUCGAGCACAAAAAGCAAAAUGGCAUUUACAAAAUCCAAUGCGAUGGACAAUUACUUUAUGCCUCAGAAGGAGGACAUAAUUUCAAAGGGGAUGUCAGACCCGACCGGGCAAGUUCUGAAGAGAUUUGGUUUCAGCUUAAUUUUGAAGAGAACAAAUCUAUCAAAGUUGUGAAGCCAAAAGACAAGUUAAGACCCGAUGUAAUAACUGACGAUAAUGCAAUUCAAGUUGACUAUGAUGAAUUCGAAAAUGGUGGUAGUAGUGAGGUGAAGAAAACAAUUAACAAGGCGGAAAAGAUUACAAGACUUGAGUCAAUAUUAAAGAAAUUGUCAACUACUGGAAAGAUAGGAACAGGAAAAGGUGUACCCUUUGUCAGUGGUGAGCUAAGUGUGACAGGAGAGUAUUCAAAAACAAAUACGAAGGGCAAGGACAACGAAUCAAGCUCAACAGUAGAGUUCACCAUCCCUAAAGAAAAGAAAGUUUGUGUUACUUACAUCUACAGAAUCUUACCAAGAUAUGACGAGCAGGAGCUUGAAAUCACCAACAAUGGCAAGAAAUUCAAAGGAUUCAAGUUAAUCGAGUCCGGAAGUACAGGCUCCUUUGCGAUGAAACUUAGGGAAGUUGAGCUUAGUGUCGAAUGUUAACUUCUUUAAGAACAGCUUUUGCCAGAUUUACUGUAUUGCAUAAAAUACAAGAGCUGGGGAUGCAA